GCAAGCACGUGUUUGCUUCUUUUUCGAGGACGCAUUAAUCUGUUCAGCCUUGUUCUUGGGUUAUUAGAAAGAAAUAAAGCUGUAACUCAAUUUUAAAUAGCUUCUGAUGGUGGUCGAUUCAAAAAGCAACUCUAGGUGGGGAAAAUGAGCAAAAGUUUUCUUGAACCAAUCGCUGGGUGCACCCGUAAUAACAAAAUAUAUAAAAAACAGUUUUGAAACCCGUGUCAAUAAUAAAUAUCAUGUGGAUGAGAAGGUUCAGUGGCAAUAUAUACAUUCGGGAAAACAUAAAACAGUUUUCUAGGGUGUAGAGGAACGGGUCUUAUUCACUGUGUGCAAUUCAUGGCUGAGCUUUACAAGCACACGAAGAAACGACAAUCUGGAGGCGCGUCUUUAUAGCAUAUAGAUAGACAGCUAUUGGAUGGUUUGCCGGCUCAACUUUAUCGACCGAGGUUGCAUCUCCUUCCAACGGUAUGAAAGACGCAUUCAUGGAUUCUUUAAGCCUACCUGUUACCAUUCCUACUACUGCAGAAUUGAACAACUGCUACAAAGUCAAGCCCAACAAUAAGAAACUUUUCCGAAGAAGGAUAGGCCUGUGAGCACGUGUUUUCUAUCUCUAUUAUAGUUAAUUGUCUUCAGUUUCAGAGUCGAUUAACAAAUCUACACUUAUAACGCUUGGUGAGAAUAAUGAACAGUGAUAUGGAGAAAAAAAGCGUACAAAACCUAAAGGUAAAUUUUAUCGUUCAGAUAUUAAGCAAAUAAGCCAAUGGAAAGUAGUAAACUAUGGUCGAUUACGCAAACACUACAUCAGCGCCACCUAGAGAACAAAGAGAAAAUACGUCAAUUCCAGUUAUAUGGACGCCAAGCUAUCCGAUAGUCUGGCGAGGAUAUCCAUCUAAAACACAUUUUUUGUCUCCUGAAUACAAAUCUCAAAAAGUGGAAGAAUUUUAUAAAUCGUAUAAUUUCAUGACCGGAGUACGAAUAGCAGCGACACUAGGCGGAUUAAUUGCACUCUUCACCUUGUUUUUGUUGUACAAAAGCAAAUGUAAGACAUAUAAAGAUUAUAAACAGCAACUUGAAGAUAUUCCAACCUGUAGGAGUGUUGGAGUGGCACAGGAAGAAAUUUCAACGAGGGGUUCUGUCAGAAGUGACAAUAGCAGCACUGCUUCCGAUAGCGGCAGUAUUUCUUUGCAUCUUGCAGAACCGUUUUCUCCGUGUCCAGAUCAGACUGGUAUCCCCCUAACAAUUUACGUAGAAAACUCAUCGUCCCUUUUCCUGCCAUCGGAUGUUUACAUUGAAGAAGAUAUUCACGUGACGAAUGACACUCAAUUAUACCAAACUGAUCAAAAUACUUGGAUGGCCUGCGAACCCCAACCUAGUGCUAGCUCAACACAAGUUAAUAAGUUAAAUUCCUGUAGUAAUUCGAAAGAAUCAGCAGAGUUUUCCGUCACAAACUGCGAAGAUGGCAACUCAGAGCGUCCAUCUUCUUUAGGUGCCAAGAAAAAGCUGUCAAGUCGCACUCUGUCAGUACGACCUUCUGAACAGACAGAGGGCUCUUUUGUCACUGAAAGGUACAGUAGUAGAUCUUCCGUCAAAACUAACGAAGUCCUCUGACAGGUGUCAAUGUAUCGUCAGCUCCAGAACAUGCUUUAUGUAAUUAGGAGUUCCUAAUAAUAGCUCAGUUGUAGUCAACCUGUCAAAUAAUCCCUAUUAAACUCUGAUAUUUAGAUAUAUAUAUAUAUAUUGUAAAACAUGUCUCCAACGCUAUUCUAAAGAUAACUUAAAAUGAAUUAAUGAUUUUUUUGUAUUCUUUUAUUCGGUGUAUAUCUUGCAUUUGUGAUUUUUGUUUUCAAGAUGAUAACAAGAAAUUGUUCGAUUUCACCAUUUUGAUAUUUAAUAAAUAUGGGAAGUACGCCGAUUAAAAUGAUAGGUAUGUUAUCCAAAAUGAGAGGAAUUGAUGAAACGAACAGAUCGCUUUAUUACAUACACUAAACUUGUACCGAUAGAGUAGCAAACUAAAAACUUCUUAAAUAUCGUUUGUUUGUUUUUUUAAAUAUGUUAAUUAUGGUAAGAUUACUAAUGGGAUUUGAAUUUUUUGUCAAGGCCAACAUUCUUAAGCUCAAAAGUCAUCUUUUACAGUUUAUCUGAUUAUGAAACAUCUAAUCUCAAUAAAUAAAUAUGUGAUUAAGAAAUACAUCGUCAUCUGUCCCUUUAUGGCCAACCUACAAGGCUCGAACCAUGAUGUUCCGCUUAACAUGCUUUGCACUUUCAGCUGUACGGGCAUUAAAACUAUAAUAGUUCUUCCCAAUAUUCAGUUUAGAGUAGCCGAAAAGUCGAUGGAUGGUUCUGAAUAAUUUCCCUCUGGCAAGCAUUUCUAAAUUAAGGAUGGCUAUGACUGAAACAUAGAUAUCUCUCUAGUCUGGCUGAGAUGCCUUUCAGAUUGAAGAUAUCAAUACGUCUCCUUUUAUUUAUAUAUGUCGUCAUGUUCCUCAUUUGCUCAAUAUAGUAAAUGAAUCUAAGUCAAGAAAUGUCCAAACCAUAAUUUAUUAUAUAUAUGUCCAUAACCCACUCUGAACACGCUUUAAGUGUUAGUCUUUUUUUUGUAACACCAGUUGUUGACGAUUUGGUUUAAAAAAAUUCAAUAUCACAUACUAUAUUGAAAACUGAAAUCACAAAAAAAAUUCGAUUUAAAAAAUAAUGACUUAAACUAAAUAUCCUAAUAACAUGUAAAUAUCAUUAUUGCAUUUGUUUUAACCUCAUAGGUCUAAAUUAAUAUUUUCAACCUUAAAACUCCAAAAAGAAGGUAAUGAUACAAUGCUUACAACUUUUACAACAAACAAGAAACUUAAUUUAGUAUAAAUAGUCAGCUAAAACAAUGCACUAUUAAUAAAU